AUGGCUACCGAGACCAGCCCCAAUUGCCACUCCCAUGAGGAGGACUUGCCUCCAGGCACUUUCCUUCUUGUUCGUCAUGAGAGCAAUGAGGACCAUACCCAGAGUCAGGACACGGUCAUGCUUGAUCCAGUCCCGUCCAAUGAUCCCAAUCAGCCACUGAACUGGAGCAUGAGACGCAAAGCCGUCAAUUACACCCUUGUCAUGGCAGUAUCUUGCCUGAUCUUCACGUCGAUCACCAUACAACAGAACUUCUGGCAACUGAUGGUGGUUGAUUUGAAUGUAACCUACAAACAGCUUGCCAAUUCAAAUUCGGUCAACUAUGUCGGCUUGUCGUGUGGAUGUAUAAUGUUCAUUCCCUUUUCCAGAAAAUUUGGUCGCCGCCCGAUUUACUUGAUUUCGACGGUUCUGAUGCUGGCGACAGCUCUUUGGUCUGCAAGAAUGAAGUCCAUGUGGGAAGUUUACGUGACGAAUCUGAUUCAAGGGUUGGCUGGAGCAACGAAUGAGACUCUCGCCCAGAUGACUAUUGGCGACUUGUUUUUUGUCCAUCACCGUGCCACUGCUAACGGAUUGUACGUAACUACGGUCAUGAUCGGAAGCUUCCUGAUACCAGUGCUAGCCGGUGUCCAAGCGACUCACCAGGGAUGGAGAUGGUCGUACUGGACUUUAUCAGCCGUCAAUGGGGUCCUAGUCUUAUUGUUCUUUUUUUUUUAUGAAGAAACUAAGUUCUCCACAGAAGUCAUAGAAGGCUUGCAGACCCCUACUCAGGUACCCACCGAGAGACCACUGGAUAAAAAAUGCGAUGUCGCUUCAGGCGAAUGCGAAGUGCAGGCCGAUGAUGGUACCAAGCAAAACAAGCAUGCUUCAGCUUCUCAUCCGUCUGCAACGAAUCACGAAUUUGACUAUUCAAUUCCCAUGAAUUCUUGGAAAAAACGACUUGCACUGAUAACGCCCUCUUCGGAGCCCAUCUGGCCCUACUUUUACCGACCCUUUCAGACAGCGAUAUACUUCCCUACCGUCUUGUUCGUCGGCAUACAGUAUGCCGCUCUGAUUGUCUGGCUAGCAAUCAUUGCGAACGUGAUAGCACUCGUCUUCCCUCUACCGCCGUACAAUUUCAAUCCGCAACAAGUAGGAUAUAUGAGUUUUGGUCCCUUUGUUGGUAAUCUUCUUGGAAGUAUUUACGGAGGCCUCCUUGGCGACUGGACGAUUUUGUUUUUCUCUCGCCGCAACAAAGGUUACUACGAACCGGAGAUGCGGCUCUAUACUUUGCAUAUACCUGCCAUUUUCCUAUGCGGCGGCAUUAUCAUGUUUGGCACAACCGUAGCACAGGGUAUGCAUUGGAUUCUCCCUAGUAUAGGAGGAGCUCUCUUUGGAUUUGGGUUGGGCAGUAUUGGUGAUGCCGCGUUGACCUUGGUUCUUGACAGCUAUCCAGAGAUUGUCAGCGAUGCAAUGACUAUCAUCGCUUUCAUGCGCAACGCAAUUAGUAUCGGCAUUCCCUUCGCCCUCGUUCCCUGGAUGGGGAAAGGUGUUUCCAAUAUGUUUAUUGAAUGUGGAUGUAUGAGUCUGGCGUUCUCCGGGCUGAUCAUCCCCAUGAUCAUAUAUGGCAGAGAAGCCAGAAGACGAACAGCACCAAAGUAUAUGGCCAUGGCAGCGCGUUUGAAAGGACUCCACUAGUCCCUGACCUUGG